AAUGGGUUCUAGAGAUUUAAUUAGCCGCCUACCAGAUGAGGUUCUUGGCAAAAUCCUGUCUUUGCUUCCGACAAAACGUGCUGCUUCCACAUCUGUUCUGUCAAAGAGUUGGAGGAAUCUGCUUUCUCUUGUAGAUAAACUCGAUUUGAAUGACGUAAUAGAUUGUGAUUCCAGUGGCUUUUGUGAUUUCGUGGACAAUAUGCUAUCUCUCUUGAACAAUUCUCCCACCUUGAAAAGAUUCUCUCUGAAACUAGAGGAUUCAUCGCAUGAAAAUUCUCGUGUGAAUAGUUGGAUUCGCACUGCUCUUGAGCGAGGCUGCUUGGAACUUCACUUGGAUCUCGUAUGUUUGGAUACUAUAGAAAUCGAAGGCUUCACUAGCAAUACACUGGUUAACCUCACAAUAUGCGGUGGGCUUUUUCCUGACGAACAUCUUCCUCCUAGUGGAAGCGUGAUGUUCCCACUUGUCAAACAACUCUCUCUCGUUUCAGUGAUGUUUCGAGAGUUUGAGAAUUAUCAGGAUCUCAUCUCUGGCUGCCCUGUUCUUGAUGACUUGUUCCUACAUUUUAGUGAGGAUAAGUUUCCUCCGAACUGGAGUGGCGCCGUGUUGAGUCCUUCCAUCAAGAGACUGACCAUAUAUCACCAUUUUCCAAGUUACCGUGAGGCUCAGGACGAUGUUCUUUUUAAUACACCCAAUCUUUUGUACCUUGACUAUUAUAGUUAUGUGGCAGACCAGUAUGAGGUUUAUUUGGGCUCUCUUGUAGAAGCUAGACUGAAUAUUCGAUUAUGGGAGCGUCGAUUUAUGAAUGAUGAUGAGGAUAGUGACACAGAGAAUGAUGAUGAUGAUAAUGGUGAUCAUACAGAGAAGGAUGUCGAUGAUCAUAAUGAUGAUGAUGAAAAUGGUGAUACAGAAAAGGAUGAUGAGAAUGGUGAUACAGAGAAGGGUGAUGAUGAUGAUAAUAAUAAUGAUGAUGAGAAUGGUGAUACAGAGAAAGAUGAUGAGAAUGGUGAUACAGAGAAGGGUGAUGAUGAUGAUGAUGAUGAUGAUGAUGAUGAUGAUGAUGAUGAUGAUGAUGAUGAGGAGGAGGAGGAGGAGGAGAGUGUGGGUGAUGUUACGGAUCUAGUUAAAGGGAUAAGCAAUGUUAAGACUCUUCACUUGUCCUACGAUUCUCUUGAGGUGUUUUACUUUUGUUGUAAAUCAAUUCCGGUGUUUCACAACCUUGUUACUUUAUCUUUUGAGAGUAACAAAAACAGAGGCUGGCAAGUGGUGCCACUUAUCCUCAGCAACUCUCCAAACCUAGAAACUCUAGUCAUCAAGGGUCUUGUGCACGAAGUUACAGAUGGAUGUGGAAACGCAUGCCCUUGCACCCCUAAGAAGAAAAGUAAGAAGAAGAAGAAGAUUGAUGAGGAAAUAUGUUGUUUACAAUGCAUAGAUUUUGAACUCCUCGAGGCUUUUAUGCGCGGGCUUGUUGUAUAUAGAAGUGGAAACAAACCCCCUUGCAUCCACAAGAAGAGGGUAGAGGAAGAAGUACGUCGUUUAUCGACAUGUCGAGUGAAGGUCCUAAGUAUUUCAGGGUAUAGAGGAACUCGUAGAGAGCUGGAUCAAAUGAGACAUUUCUUGGGGAAUUUGAAAUGUCUUGAAACUGUCAAGGUUGGUGUUAAAGUGAAUCAUGACCGAGAAGACAACAAUGAUGGUUAUAGUAGGUACAUGAGAAUAACUAAUGCUCUUAUGAAGCUUCCCAGAGUUUCAACAAACUGUCAGAUCCAUUUCUUUUAAUUUUUAUCAUUUUCCUCCUUAUAUUUAUUUGAAUUGUUGCAAAACCUUCUUUGUUAGAUUGUUGCAAACAUUAGUAAUCAAAAUCUAAUUUUAUUAUA